GCUGAGGGCGUACUUGGAUUCCCAGGUUGGAAGAUUAUCUCAUUCAGAAGAAGUUCUACCAGAGAUAUAUAAGCUAAACUAGAUUGGCGUGUCUCAGUAAAACUGUCGUGGGUUUUGGGAGGCAUAUUCCCUUAAAGGAGUACUACACACCACUAGCACCAACUAUGAUGAUGCUAAGCGUAGAAGAGCUGGUAACAGGCAAGAAGGCAGAUGGAAGAGAAACUGGAGACUUCCUCCUAGAGGUUUUAAAAAAUGGGGAAUAUGAAACUGCUGUGAGGUUAGAGAAACAAGAGGAUUUGAAGACACUCACAGAUCACUCCUUCACACGGCGCAAUCUGACCUACAAAGAAGAAAAAGAGCUAGAAGCGCAGCUGAAGAAGAAGAAACUAGAGGAGAGACCAAAACUUGAAAACUUAGAAGAUCUUGAAAAAAUCAUCCAACUGAAAAAAAGAAAAAAAUACAAGAAAGUCAAAGUGCCUAUUUUAAAGGAGCCUGAACAAGAGGUUAUAACAGGUCCUGUGGACAUUCCUAUGUUUUUAAAGGCUUCCUUGGAAAACAAGAAGCCAGUAAUUGAAAAAUAUUUAUCAGACAAAGGGGAUCCAGAUGCUUGUGAUGAGUACAAGCGCACAGCAUUACAUCGAGCAUGCUCAGAAGGACACCUGGCAGUGGUGGAAAAGUUAGUAGAAGCUGGAGCCCAGCUUGAGUUCCAAGAUAUGCUUGAAUCAACAGCUAUUCAUUGGGCGUGUCGUGGCGGAAAUGUGGAAGUCCUGAAGUACUUGCUGAACAAAGGAAUAAACAGAAAUGCCAGAGACAAGCUGCUCAGCACACCUUUGCAUGUGGCAGUGAGGACCGGCCAGUAUGACUGUGGAGAACACCUCAUCGCCUGUGAAGCAGAUCUCAAUGCCAAAGACAGAGAAGGAGAUACUCCGAUGCAUGAUGCAGUGAGGCUGAAUCGCUACAAAAUGAUCCGACUCCUGAUUAUGUAUGGAGCCAACCUAAAUGUGAAGAAUACUGAAGGGAAAAGUCCCAUGGAUCUUGUUCUGCAAUGGCAAAACGGCACCAAAGAAAUCUUCAACAGCCUGAAGGAGAACUCGUACAAGAGCUGCCCUAUAGACACGUUCUGAACUCUUUAAGCCUCCAACGCCAAGGGGAUUGACAGC